ACCAACGCAAAAGCCGGGUGGCUGUACAAAUUUCUUUCCCUGCCACCCACUGAUGAAAUGUACUCCAAACUAAACCAAAUAAUCAUGAAAAUUGUCCAAACAGUUAUGUAAUGUGAAAAAGAAAAGAACAAAGAGCCAUUCAGUUGGCAGCCCUGUAACUUAUGCAAGCGUCGCCUGCGAAUGACAGACUUGAAAGAAGAAGAAAAUGGCGGCAACAUUUUGUUAGAUUCUUUUGUUGUGGUUGAGUUUUGUUUUCCGCCCUGCAAUUUCCAAUAAACUAGUCCAUGGCAUCCCUAUUUGGCGACGAUGGUGUGGAUGACCUCUUCAAUGACAAUCUGGCCACGGACCCGGAUCAGUUGCCCAGCGAUGGGGAGGGCGAGAAACUUUUUGCGGACGACGAGGAAAAUGCCGGAGAACCUGGUAGUCAGGAUGCCCAGAAAGUGGAGCCCAAGAAACGGGCGGUGAGGAAUCCCCGACCCCGGCUCACGGUAGAGACACUUCGCGGUCCCCGUGGAAUCCAGACCAUCGAGGAUUACUUCAAGGACAUUAAGUUCAAGGGCAAGGGGUAUGAGAAAUCCGAUCUCGACGAGGUGAUGCGCCGCCUGCAGCACUGGGGUCAUCGAAUGUAUCCCACAUACACCUUUGACGAUGUGCUCAACAAUAUAGAGCGACUGGGCAAGAAGAAGCCACUGCAGGUGCACAUGACGCGUUAUCGUCUCGGUCAGCUGGAGGAUAUGCGUGCCCACGAGGCGGAGGCCAUGGAUGAGGGACAGGAUGAUCAGCCGGAAGGUGCCGGCGAUGAGCCCUUCGAUGAGUUUGAUGCGCUGCUGGGCGAACAGAUAGCCAUGUCCAGACUGGCGCCACGCACCCCGCACCAGAGGAAAAUGUCCACUGCCUCGAGCAACAGUACGAUGGCCACUCCCUCAUUCUCUCGAGGCAAUGCUGUGAUGUCCACGCCAUACUCUGCGGUAGAUGCUCCCACCUUCGACCGCAAUGGAGCACCGGUGGCUCCAACGUUCGAUCGCAAUGGAGCUCCCUUGGCUUCGCUGGACGUCAGUGACUAUGGCCAGCCGCUGCCUCCUUCACAGCCUCCGACGCCAGCGGCCAAAAAAUUGUCUAACGAGCAGAUGGCCAGGAUUGCCGAGAACCGGAGAUUGGCACAGGAGCGACUGAAGGCCAAGAAGCUCCAGGAGGCUCAGAAUUCUAGUUAAUGCAAGGCAACUUGGGCACCGAAUAAAUAUAUAUAAUAUAAGAAUGUUAUUUUUGAUAAGAAUAAUCUUUUAAAAUAAAUGUAUUUAAUAAGCGAAUCCCUGUGCAAAACCUUAUUUAAAUAACAACUAAAUUCUAAAGUCAAUUUCCGCCAAAUUAAAAGAUAUCCUUGUUAGUGUAAAACAUGUAUGUAUUUUUAUUAGAACGUUUAAGUCGUUGACCGAGAUAAAUAAAUUAGGAUUAAGGUUUAAGAAGCUA